UAGACAGACACAAUCCAGGCUGAAUACAUAACAAGGCAGAGAGCUGAGUGACUACCACAAUGCAGCAUUUCACCACAGCUCCCCUCUCAGGGAAGGAGGGAGGGUUCCCCAGGCCUAUAGGGUGAUCCCCCACCGGCUGCUGGGGGGCGCUGGCAGUGACGUGGCACUGGUCACAUUCAGGCCUCCAUUACCGGUGACAGACAGGAGACAGCCUCCCUCUCCUCAGUGCUUUAUGCCUGCCCAUUGAUGGGGGAGGGUCUGCAGCCUGGCUCAUUCUUUCCCCGUUGUGUUAGAUGUGCGGAGCCCAGACAUGCUGAGGUGAGAGAGGCUGCAGCAGCCAGGGAGGCUCAUCCUGUGCAGUCCCCGGCCUCUGCUGUCCCCCCCCCUGGAUGCAUGCAUGCCCCGGCCCUGCCUCCUCUGCAGCAUCCCUUGCCCGUCUGGAUCCCGGGCUUGGUGUGCCUUCACAUGGCAAUGUCUUUAUUGCAGCAGCUCUGGCAGCAGAGGGAUAUCGUCAUCACUUUUGUGCUGCCUCUCCUGCUCCUGCCCCUGCCACUGGUAGCACAGACCAAGGAGGCAGCAUGUGCUUACGUAUUACUGAUCACAGCCACAUUCUGGAUUUCGGAGGCCAUUCCUCUGGGUGCUGCAGCGCUGGUUCCUGCAUUUCUGUUUCCACUGUUUGGUAUUAUGAAAUCAAGUGAGGUGGCAUCUGAAUACUUCAAAGACAUUCACUUGCUGCUGUUUGGUGUGGUCUGUCUGGCAUCCUCAAUCCAGAAGUGGAAUUUACACAAGAGAAUAGCACUGUGGAUGGUCCUGUCUGUGGGAAGCCAACCUGGCUGGCUUUUACUGGGAUUUAUGGGCUGCACCUCCCUGUUGUCCAUGUGGUUGAGUAAUACAUCUACAGCUGCCAUGGUGAUGCCAAUUGUUGACGCUGUGCUAUGUCAGCUGAACAGUGCUGCACCUGAGGAGAAAGCCUUAACCAAUACUAGUCCAAGCCCUCCACCAAAUAAUGAAGACACUACAAAAAUAGUUCUAUCAUCUUUUCCUGAAAGCAAUAAUAUUUUGGAUAAUGGAAUCGCAAACACGGAAGAAAAUGAGGAGGAGGCAGCAUUUGAAAGUCAGAGAUAUUCAAAACAGACCAAGUCUGGGCGAUUUUACAGGACUAAACGUGACCACAUGAUGUGCAAAGCCUUUUCCCUGGGAAUAGCCUAUUCUUCCACCAUUGGAGGAAUGGCCACACUUACAGGCACCUCCACUAACCUCAUAUUUAUUGAACAGUUUGAAACGCGAUACCCCGAAUGUCAGUUUGUAAAUUUCGGAUCGUGGAUUGCUUUCUCUUUCCCUAUUGCCUUCAUCAUCUUAAUAUUUUCCUGGAUGUGGAUAAAUUGGCUUUUUCUGGGUUUUAGCCUUAAAGAAAUGCAGUGUUGGCGAAAAUCCAAGUCUCCAACCGAUGAGGAUUCAAGAAAUAUUUUGAGACAAGAAUAUGAAAAACUGGGCCCCCUGAGUUACCAGGAGGUGGUGACACUCAUAAUCUUCCUGUUAAUGGCCUUGUCCUGGUUCACAAGGGACCCUGGAUUUAUCCCAGGUUGGGAUUCACUGUUUGGACUGAAAGGUUACAAAUCUGAUGCUACCUCAGCUAUUCUCUUUGGCUUCUUAUUAUUUAUUAUACCUGGAAGAAGGCCGAGCUGGUGGUGCUGCAGAUCAAAGGAAAAGCCUAGAGUGGCAGCAGAAUCCACACCAAUGAUCACAUGGAAGGAGUUUGAAGAAUGUAUACCUUGGCAUAUCGUUGUCUUGGUUGGUGGCGGCUUUGCUCUGGCUAAAGGAUGUGAAGUGUCUGGUCUGUCGGUGUGGGUUGGGCAGAAGAUGGAACCAUUGAGCAGCUUGCCAGUCUGGGUGAUUGUAUUGAUUGUUUGCCUGAUGGUGACUUCUGUGACAGAGGUGGCAAGUAACCCGGCCACCAUCACAAUAUUUCAGCCAAUCUUGUCUUCACUGGCUGAAGGAAUAGGAGUUAAUCCACUUCUGGUUAUCAUCCCAGCAACAAUAAGUGCCUCCUGUGCUUUCCUUUUGCCUGUUGCCAAUCCUCCAAAUGCCAUUGUGUUUUCAUAUGGUCACCUGACUGUGCGAGAUAUGAUGAAAGCGGGACUGGGCACAAACCUGAUCAGCAUGGUAGCCUUGUGGUUUGGACUUUACACUUGGGGAGUUCCCAUGUUUGACCUGAACACUUUCCCGAAUUGGGCAUCUCACAACACAUCAGCAGUUGCAACGCCUUGAUGGACUUCUACAUCUACUUUUCUCAUGUGAAGAAGGCAGAUUCUGAUUGACUUCUAGGCAUGAAUAUAAGCAAUCUGUGUUCUCUGAAUGUUUUUAGCCUCAGUAUUAUCUACUAGUUUAGAAAUAGUGGAAAUGGGCUAAAGACAUGGAGAUCGCAGGUUGCCUGUCGUGUAGCGAGCACAGUAAAGCAUUAAAGAAGGAUUGGACAAAGGUUUAUAAAGCAUCACCAGAAUAAUAAUGACCAUUUUAUCAUUCAUGAAAGGCAUAUUUGCUGUUAUUUCAAACCUUGUGAUACAGCCUAAAGAUCAGCAUCACGAUUCCAAAAAUACAUAUGUGCUGACCAUUUGCAUCUUAUAACCAAUGAUGGAGCUGUCCUUAGCUCCGAGGUUUGCCUUACUGAAAUAAAUCCCACUCUGCCCAAUUGCAGUACUACAUCUUCCAGCAUUCAAUGGCAGACGCAAUUGUAGCUUUGACACAGGUUAGGACUACUUAUAUAAGAAAUCUUAUCCUUAGCCAAGUAGCUCAAUUCUUUUGCCUUGAUGAAUCUCACUAGUCAUUUCUUUACAAUUUACUAUCUUACAUAAUGUGUGAGCAUUUUAUUUCCUGUUUCAGUGACAUACACUUUGGAGGGAGGGCACUAUAGCUAAAUUAAAAUGUCACCUUCUCUCCUGUUUGCAUUUGGUAGUUCCUACAAAACCCUUAUAGCCAUAUGUAUCUUGGAUCAACAAACAUACCCCAGUUAUACAGUACAUUGGGGGUCUGCAGAUCCUUUUUGCAGAUAUAUUUAUGCUCAUCUAUAGUAUCAGGCACUAUUAUGACUAGAUUUUCAUGGUCAUGAAUUUUGACAGUCUGAAGAGAAUCUGUCAUAAGUACCAAGCCCUCAAUAUUGCCUUAUACAAUGGAUUGAAUGAGGACUGUAAUGAAACCUAGUGUUGUGGUCCUGCAAGAGAAGAACAUUGUGUGAUAUUCUGGACGCUGCUUAAGCAAGUGAUUAAGAAGCUCUUUGGGUUAAGUGUCCAGAGAUUUCUAAUCCACGAUCUUUCUUCUCAGCUCAGUAACAGCACUAAUGUCCAAUCGGAAGACUGCUAAAGCUGUCAGUCAUAGCUAAGGGGAGGGAGUAAGGGAAGCUCGCAUUACCGAGAACUGUCCUCACUUUACUGGGGCAUCAACCAGUGUUUUUCUCAACACAAGUUAUCCUUACACUCCUUACCUCAUCCUCUAUAUAUGGCUAUCAUCAAUUAUAAAGGCUCAGAACUACUAACAGAUUCCCUUUAAUGUAUUCCUAAGCUUUUAUUUAGCUUCUGACAUGUCAUAAGACCCCCCACUGUUUUCUAAAACGAAAGGGCGGAAGUGCUUGCCUGAGAGUUUUAUCCCUUUGUUUUCUCUUGGCUUUCUUGGUUGUCUAGUUUCAAGUAAUUCGGUCUUGACCGUCUCCUAGAGAUACAUAGACUGUCUUGGUGUCCGUAUUCCAUGUGCUUGUCUUUCGGAGGAAAGUUAAGGAGAAACAGAGGGACGAAGUGCUCUGCUAAGCGCUUCUAUCCCUUUUUCUACUAAUUUGCUGGUGUCUGAGGCACCAUACCCCCACCUAUGACAUGCCAAAAGUUGAAUAAAAUGUUUGCUACACCUUAAAGGUAUACUCCUGUCCUAGACAUCUUAUCCCCUUUCCAAAGGAUAAGGGAUAAGAUGCUUAAUUGCUGGGGGUCUGACUGCUGGGACCCUUCCAUCUACACCCUGGCCUUCUGAACAUUAAUGUUUGGAACGCUGACUGUGCCAGUCUUGGGAGAGACCGUGGUUGUCACACCUCCUCCAUUUAUGACUAUGGAAGAAACUGCGAUACAGCGUUCAUGUAUCGCCAUCUCUCUCAUUUAAAUAUUUGGAGGGGGCAUGUUGGCCACAGCUGGGGCUGUGGUCGACAGUAAUCCGGCAUGGAGCGGAGACCAUGCAUGUGAAUUUCCGGGGUGCUGGGCAGGAGAUUGCGGGAGUCCCAGUGACUACACCCCCAUUAUCACACAGGAUAAUGCCUUGGAGUGGAGUUAGGUCAAAUGUUGCACAAGCUAACAUGGAGCCAUAGCAUAUGUGUGUGCAUAUACACAGUGAUGGUUAUUACCGAUGUAUUACUCACUCUAGCAGAAUACACUAUAAGUAAAAUAGUCUGCAAAACCUUUGUGACAGUCAAAACUGCUUAAUGUUUUACUGUACUGGGAAAAAUAGACUGGCUGAAGUGAACUUAAUCUUCACUCUUUACAGAGCUGUUACCUUUGGUGCUAUAGAAUAUGUCAGAAAAGGGAGAGAUUAAAAAAAAAAAAAAAAACUUUAGAUUUUGCUAAUGAACUAGUUUUCCUUCUUUUGGUACCUAUGAGCUGUACAGUGCAGGACUCACUGAUAGCAGGUAUCUCUAUUUAUGUGUAAUGGGGAGAGGUUAACACUAUAGUAAUGACGUAUGAAGAGAAUAACUACUGGGAGUAACAAUACCCCUCUAUGGGGCAGGAGCAUGACACACUUGAAGCAGUUCCCUGAUAAUAAAGCUUUCCUAUGCUCUUGUUGAAAUGGCAUUAAUCGCUGUCUGUGAACCGCAGCCGUAUGCCCCGAACCAUUGUACGUUCCUUUGGCAUGUGCUGGACAAUGCUUUUUUUAUUUGCACAGUAGAAUAAAAUACUUGCAGUAUCACAGGUCAAUUGCACAAAGCUCAUGUUCUGUUUUGGGAGGUUUUGUACUAUAAAUUAUGUAUCUUAUUAACAUGGAGAGACUAAUCAGAGACUCCAAGUGUUUAAUAAUAAAAAUUUUGAAUAAAAUGCAAUGAUUGU